AUGGAACAGAGGAACCAGAGUGAGAGAGUCACUGAGUUUGUGUUGUUAGGCUUUCCAGCUCCUGAGCCACUGCGGGCACUGUUAUUUGCCCUUUCUCUGUUGGCCUAUGUGUUGGUGCUAACUGAGAACACACUCAUCAUUUUGGCAAUUAGGAGCCACCCUGCCCUUCACAAACCCAUGUACUUCUUUCUGGCUAAUAUGUCCUUCCUGGAGAUCUGGUAUGUUACCGUCACUAUUCCCAAGAUGCUAGCUGGCUUUGUUGGGUCCAAACAGAGCCAUGGACAACGAAUCUCCUUUGAAGGCUGUAUGACACAGCUCUACUUUUUCCUGGGUCUGGGCUGCACUGAGUGUGUCCUUCUUGCUGUUAUGGCCUAUGACCGCUAUGUGGCCAUCUGCCACCCCCUCCACUACCCUGUCAUUGUCAGUGGCCAACUGUGUGUACAGCUGGCAGCUGGCUCCUGGGCUGGAGGUUUUGGCAUUUCCAUGGUUAAAGUUUUUCUCAUUUCUCGCCUCUCUUACUGUGGCCCCAACAUCAUCAACCACUUCUUCUGUGAUGUCUCCCCAUUGCUCAACCUUUCAUGCACUGACAUGUCCACAGCAGAACUUACAGACUUUGUCCUGGCCAUCUUCAUCCUGCUGGGACCACUUUCUGUCACUGGGGCCUCCUACAUUGCCAUCACUGGUGCUGUGAUGCGCAUUCCCUCAGCUGCUGGGCACCAUAAAGCCUUUUCCACCUGUGCCUCUCAUCUGACUGUGGUGGUCAUCUUCUAUGCAGCCAGUAUUUUCAUCUACGCCCGGCCAAAAGCACUUUCAGCUUUUGACACUAACAAGCUUGUCUCAGUACUCUAUGCUGUCAUUGUACCAUUGCUCAACCCCAUAAUUUACUGCUUACGCAACCAAGAGGUCAAGAGAGCUCUACACCAUACUCUACACUUUUAUCAGGGCCAGGAUACUAAGCCUGGGAAAGCUAAGAGAGAUGGGUAG